CACUCAUUUCCAUCAACCAAACCAAAAGCGCACCCCAAUUCCCUCUCGCGUUCCUCACAAAUGCAUAGGAAACUCAAUGAUCUUCCUCACAUUCCUCUGUCUUCUUCUCCACCACCUACCACUCUCUCCAUGGCGCACCAGACUCAAUAAUCCCCACUCCCACGCAACCCUCUCACCUUUUCAUUCCUCAAGCCAUGAAUCCCUCUGCUCGCUUCUCUUCUAUCAAACACACCGCUUCUUCUCCAGACAGAUUCCUUCUGCGGAAUUCUUACUUGUAUCUUCCCAGAAACAAUUCUCCCCCUUUCCAUCUCAAGCCAAAUUAUGAAUUAUCACCCCCAGAAAAGUCUUCUUUUGCUGUUCUCAGAACACGGAGCUCGAAACUCACACGCCCAUUUGCUUCUUUAUCGUCUUUCGCGGAUGCCGAAGGCGAAGAACAGCACCGAGGGCAUCAGCAGCCAGGCAAUACUAGUGAGGAAGAAAAUGAGUCGCCUGGAAUGGCCCAAGCAUUUCACAUAUCAUCGGCCACUGCUUCUGCGAUUUCAAUAUGCUUAGUGUUCGCUGCUCUCACUUUUCCUUUCUUGAUGAGGCCUUUGGGACAGGGCUUGGCCUUGAAGACUAAGCUUUUAUCAUACGCGACGCUUCUGCUUGGGUUUUACAUGGCUUGGAAUAUUGGGGCGAAUGAUGUGGCGAAUGCGAUGGGGACUUCGGUGGGGUCCGGGGCGUUGAGUCUCCGGCAGGCGGUGGUGACGGCGGCGGUGCUGGAGUUUUCAGGGGCAUUUUUGAUGGGGACACACGUGUCCAGCACAAUGCAGAAGGGCAUUCUGGUGGCUAAUGUGUUUCAGGGGAAGGAUACUCUGCUCUUUGCAGGAUUGCUCUCUUCGCUUGCUGCUGCUGGUACUUGGCUACAGGUUGCAUCAUACUAUGGAUGGCCAGUGUCUACUACACACUGUAUAGUGGGAGCAAUGGUCGGAUUCGGUCUGGCCUACGGCGGAGGUGGAGCCGUUUUCUGGGGUUCACUGGCAAGAGUCAUUUCUUCAUGGGUGAUCUCGCCCUUAAUGGGAGCAGCUAUGUCAUUUCUUGUGUACAAAUGCAUUCGUAGGUUUGUGUACAGUGCGCCAAAUCCAGGACAGGCAGCGGCUGCAGCAGCGCCGAUUGCCGUAUUUCUUGGUGUCACCGGCAUUUCUUUUGCCGCCUUCCCUCUCAGCAAGGUCUUCGUUGUGGCUUUAGCCCAGGCAUUAGGCUGCGGAACUUGUGGUGCUAUUCUUGUCUACAGAAUAAUAAGAAAACAGCUUGGCCAUCUUCUUAUCAAGCCUACUUCUCCUCCUCCUCCUCCACAGCCUGAUCCAAAGGAGGACACUGCCCACAAAAACAUAGGCUUCCUCUCUGAUAUUGCAGGUCCCAAGGGCACUCAGCUUGAAAUAGUUUAUGGAGUCUUUGGCUACAUGCAGGUCCUCUCUGCAUGCUUCAUGUCAUUUGCUCAUGGUGGAAAUGAUGUGUCCAAUGCCAUAGGCCCUUUGGCUGGCGCCUUAGCCAUACUUCACGGCGGAGCCACAGGAGCUGAGAUUGUGAUUCCGACCGAUAUCCUUGUGUGGGGAGGAUUCGGUAUUGUUGCCGGGCUCACCAUGUGGGGUUAUAGGGUCAUAGCUACAAUUGGGAAGAAAAUAACAGAGCUCACACCAACAAGAGGAUUUGCUGCUGAAUUUGCUGCAGCAUCAGUGGUUCUUUCUGCUUCAAAGCUGGGGCUCCCCAUUUCUGCAACACACACUCUUGUAGGUGCAGUCAUGGGGGUUGGAUUUGCAAGAGGACUUAACAGUGUGAGAGCAGAAACUGUGAGGGAGAUUGUGGCUUCUUGGGCAGUCACUAUUCCCGUUGGUGCAGUUCUGUCUGUGUUCUACACUUGGAUCUUGACCAAGGUUUUGUCUUAUGUUUUGUGAACAACUCAGGCACGUUGUCGUUUGCCCGUGGAUUCUUUUGGCGGAGAUCAAAAGACGACACGAGGAUGGUUCUUGUUGAAGCAUAGGGUAUUCUAUUCCUAGUCGAGGAGGCUUUUCAGAGAGUCUUGUCUCCUCAACCGGUGAAACUUUUAUGUCCAGAUCAUCAUGUAAAACCCUAAACCUCGUGCUAGAGUGUUAUGAUUUUCCCUCUUUUCUAUGGUUAAAAUCUCACAUGUUUAAACACGAA